AUCACACCGAAUCCAUUUGUGCAAAGAGAGGAAGGUCCUCCACCAGACAUGAAACUCUACUACCAUCCUCACUGUUUAUUUGAAAUGUUCUUCAAGGCACGUGCUAAUACAAAAGUCAUAGAGGGAACGGAGGACAUCGAAGGUACCCAAGCAAUCCCCCUAUUUCUUUUCCACACACACCCUACAUUUACUAUUAUAGGGUGGGACGCUGUGCAAGAAGAAGAUAAAGAACCAAUUUUGAAGUUUAUCAACGAGUUGAAUGAACUGCGAGCAAAUAAAGAAGGGGGAGGAGCAGCAAAACGCACACCGAAGAAGAAGGCGGAAGAGACGGGCUCUUCUGCAAAGGUGGAUAGCUGA